AUGAUGACUGGAACACCGCCGAUUCGUUUUGUGAUGCUGCAUUGGUUUAUUCCUCUUCUAGUUACUGCACCACUUUGGUCUUGUCUUCAGGCCACUUAUACUGUUGACAUAGAGAUUCAGCUAUCAACUGAUGUCAUUGCGGUUGUCAACAUGAUGUCAAUCAUUACUGUCGUGAUAUCAUUCAUAAUAUGUGCAUUCUGCUACAUUCCAGUAAUUCUGUAUAUGAUACGGAAGAAAAUGCCAGUCAACAGAACGAGACGAAAUGAGGUUCGCCUUAGCAUCCAGGUGGCUGGUCUAAUGGUAGCGUUCCUGUUAAUUUUCAUAUACAACAUUGGUAACUACACCCUAAUUCAACUAACCCAAUCUCCGGAUUACGCAGGGCUGAUUGACCUAGCUGGAAAGUGGACAUAUCUUUAUGCAAUUACAAAUGCAUUCUUGUGCUGUGUUCAACCAUGGACGUGCCUGAUUUUGAACAAAGACAUUCAAAUUAGAUUGAAAGGGAUAAUAGGAUGUGGACGAAAGAAAGUGGUUAAUACCAGCAUAUUCGUGUCAUCCGCAUCGGUUCGCUGUAAAGAUGUAACAGGGCGGAAAUGA